AUGAGAUCCUCUUCCGCGAUAGCAAGUUCGACAGCCACUCAUUAUCUCUUGCCCUCGUCUCCAGAUAUACAGUGUGACGAUCGGUUCAGCAUACUAGAUACAGAUUCCGAGACCGUUUCUUUCUGGGCCAUAUUGCAAACACUACUAGGACGAGAGUUGAAAGGUAUAUCAGACCUCAUCGAUAUACUCGAGACAAUCUCGCUCACAUUAAGGGGAACCUCAUUGCCAGAUUAUGAUGUUCUCACAGAGAUCCUCUCCGAACGGCGUGAUUUUUUGCUGUCAACAUGGCCCGUAAUACGAGCUCUGGCACUUGAAGUACCUAUACUGUUCCCGGAUCAUACUCUGCCACUUCUGUCUCCAUUCUGUAGCACUUUGAGGCUGAGCAGACGGCAGAUAGCCUGUUUGGUUGUCCACCAAUUCCUUUGCACCCUGAAAAGUCCACCAUCCCGCGACUCCUACUAUGACUUUUCGAUCUGGUACUAUUCGCAGCAGCCUCAUGCAACUGCAGCACAAAUCUACCUUACCUCUGUCUUGACCUAUUUUGAGAGACUUGCUUCGACCGCCGCUCUUUCUCCGCUGAACUACCCAAACUGGCAGAUCUCAUUCUCACUCAAGAGCCAAUCGGGGGAGCCUGCCGUAUCAAUAUUUGGGUGUCUGAACAUCAUUCAUCUCCUCAAUGACGCCACGCAAUCAGAAUAUCUCGGUCUUCCCAACGGCGCGUGUGUCAUAUCAGCCAACAAAGUCUCUGGCUUUGGCCAAAGUGGAACACAGGAGGAGCGCCAAGUAGCCGCAUCGCCAGAAGCUUGUCCGCUAGUACUCAUCGCACCUGUGUUGAAAGGCGACGAGUGCUUAAUUGUGUCAGGUGCAGAACUGAUGAUCAAUAUCGAAGGCCAUGGGAGGUCCAUGCAUCUUGGGGUCCAGCCGGUACCAGAAUCUACUGCGGAGGCCUCUCACACGCGAUGGAGUCGACGGACCAUGUUCUUCAUGGAUGCACUCGAAUUGGAUGGCGAUGAUUGUCUGCUGCCAGACCUUCUUCCUGGAAAUGUUGACCGCGAGUACGGCAAGGCGCUCACAGCCUUUACGUCUGCGGCAACGCCAUACGCGAAAAUCGUCACAGGCUUCUGGGGCUGCGGCGCUUUCGGGGGGAGUCCUGCAGUCAAGGCGAUAGUACAGUGGUGCGCAGCUUCUGUUGCUGGAACGCAGCUCGACUUCAUCUGCAAUGGUACCCAGCAGUCGAGGUUUGGAAACAUGAUGCAAGCUUUCGCAGGUGAUGUGCUAAGAAGCGGCGCAAUGCCAAAAGACCUCCUCCAACAGCUGCAAGCUUUGACACCGAAUGACUUCACCGAGACCCAGAUCGACGAAUUGGACCAGGAAGUGUUCCGUCUCAUCAGCUCAAGGCUCACGCACGCCAGUCAGCCUUAG